AUGCCACUAGAAAUGAUCCCCGCAACGCCAGCCGACAAAGCCUCACUCACCGAGAUCUUCUACGCCGCCUUCGUAGGCGACUUCAACAGGACCAUGUUCCCACACACCCCCGACGUAACCGCAUGGUGGGAACAUACCUUCCACGACAGCAUCACGCGCUCAAUCGCCGGCGAAACCGACGAAGUAUUCUUCAAAAUCGUAGACUCCGACUCAGACGCAGAUCCAGACGCGAUCGCCGCAUUCGCGAAAUGGAAAUGUCCAACUUCCGCCGAUCGCCAUCGGCACGAACCCGAGCAACCCGCCGAAUGGGCUCCUAGCUGUGACGGCGAGCUAUGCGAUCAAUUCUUUUCCGGCAUGGAACAAUCGAAAGCAAAGUGGAUGGGCGACAGGCCGCAUUAUUAUCUUGACAUGUUGGCUGUGCAUCCGUCCUAUCAGGGCCGGGGGCUAGCAUCGAGACUUUUGAAAUGGGGUCUUGAACGGGCUGAUCGAGAGGGUGUGGAGGUUUACUUGUCUUCGUCGCCCGAGGGCAGGCCUGUGUAUGAGAAGUAUGGGUUCCGAUUCUUGGAGUCGUCUUCGCCCUUCCCUGGCUAUGAGCAAGUAUGUAUGUUGCGACCGGUGAAGGGUCAAUGA